AUGGAUGAGAGUUUGAGGGAUUUGAGGGAUGCUGCUCAACAAGGAAGUGUUGAUGCCUUGUAUUCAUUGAUACAGAGAGAUGCAUAUGUUUUGGAUAAGAUGGAAAAAAUUCCAUUUGUUGAUACUCCUUUACACAUAGCUGCAUCUGCAGGUCAAGUGGUGCUCCAGCUACUUGAUGUGGAUGAAGACCUUGUUCGUGUCCAAGGAAGGGAGGGUGGGACUCCUUUGCAUUACGCAGCUCAAACAGAAGAACUUGAUCUUUUGGCUGAAUUUAUAAAAGUCUGCCCCAAAUCUAUUGAAGAUGUAACAAUUCAUAGAGAGACUGUCCUGCAUAUUGCCCUCAAACGCAACAUGUUCGAUGCUUUUCUCCUCUUGUUGGGAUGGCUUCGGCGGGCCUGGUUUAAAAAUGCCUCAUUGUGGGAGAAGAAAUUACUGAAUUGGCAGGAUGAGGAAGGCAACACUGUGUUGCACAUUGCUGUAUCAAAAAAUCAACCCCAGAUUGUGCGAUUGAUAUUGAAUUUUAAGUCCUUCUUCCCCUGUAAAGUUGACAUAAGUGCCAAGAAUAUCAGGGGUUACACAGCGUCUGACAUAUUACAAGGGAAUACACCUGACAAGCAAAACCAACAGAUCAAGUACAUGCUACGUUGUGCCAAACGUUUUAGUAUUUUCCAUCUUUCGAGAGUUGAAUCUUUUGCAGACUACUUGAAAUCUCCAGUCCAAAUUGACGAGAAGAUGUACAUAUUCUUUCUCCGUCAAAGAACAAAAAUGACAAAUGACACACGUAAUAUCUUAUUGGUGGUUGCUGCGCUGCUUGUAACAGUCACCUUUCAAGCAACCCUCAGCCCCCCUGGCGGAGUUUGGCAAGAUAACAAGUUGGCUGAUACCAUUGCCCCUACCGGUGCUAUUGUUGAAGAUGCACACUAUGCGGGGACAGCAAUCAUGGAUGAAUACCUUUUCAUUGUACUUGCGGUUUUAAAUGUGAUAUCCUUUUUUAUAACAGUCUUUACCAUAGUGGUUUUGGAAGUGGUUUGUUCUUCCUACCCCUUUAUAUCUUCUCUCUGUGUUUUGUCGCGUCAUUAUUGAUCACAUCUCCAUUAGACUUCGUUUCUGGGUUAGAUGCUCUGGAGGUAGUUGCUUUCAUGUUUUCUCCUCUGUUGGUUCCGGUUUUGGAAGGCAUUGUGAGGUUUAGGCGGAGGAAACUUUUCGAAGCCUUUCUGCCCAAAGUCAAACUGCUUGACCCAACUCUUACAUAGAUGGGUGCCGAGUCAAGCAUCUAGCUAGCUACUUAGUUCGUUGUUUACUGUACGUAUGGGUUCUGCAGUAUUUGUUUCCUUUGUUUUUCUGUUUUGAUUGGUUUGUAUUAUUGUAUAGGUGUGUUUUGGGCUGGUUUUAGCUUAUUUGCUGUGGGCAGUUGUUGUUCUGUGAGGUGUGAUGUACUUGUGUGUUGU